UCGUGUCGAAAAUUAUGAUUUCAGAUGAACCCCUAGCCAAAAGGCUACAUCCGCCCCUGGCUGCAGGUGUCAGUGUGCUCUUCUUGAUCAAAUUUGGUUAAUAGUUUUUCAUCUCGAUUUUUAACAUCACUAUGUGUUUCUUCUGUUAUAAUUUAAAUAAUCAAAGUGAUAUUUAUUUUGUGGACCAAGAUGAGUAUGCUAUUGGACAACAUGAUAGAAGGUUCAUGAUAUGCCAAAGACGGACAUUCAAGUCACACAUCAAAGGAAAAUAAGAAAAAGAACGUGUUAUAUGACUCCAUGGAAUCUAACGCCUUGAUUGGGGCAAACUUUCAGAAGACUUUUAAGUCCAAUCCCCUUGCCUCUGGAAAAUUUACAACCCCUCAUCUACGACACUGCUUUGGCCCCAAUAGCUCUCUUUCCUUGAUGAUAAGGUACUCAUUGCUUAACAACUUUUUAUCCCUAUUUAUAGUGAAUACUUUAUUCCUUAUUUAAUCUACACAAAUUCUAAUACUACUAUACCAAUCAAUUGUACACAUGGAGAGAGCAUAUUCUUUCUUUCUUUCAGCAGUAGUCUUGCAACUCUACUUCUUAGAGACAUGCAUUAGCAAAAACAUAACCACAGAUCAAUCAGCUCUUCUUGCCUUCAAAGGCAGCUUUACUCUAAACUCUUCUCAUCCCUUAACCCGAAAUUGGUCUUCUCAAGCUUCAGCUUGCCAUUGGAUUGGAGUCACUUGCGGCUCUCGCCACCGUAGGGUGAGAGCACUAAAUAUUUCGAACAUGGGCAUUCUUGGAACCAUUCCACCACACUUGGGAAACCUCUCAUUUCUUGUUUCUCUCGAUGUGAGCAGAAAUCAUCUACAUGGUGUUAUACCCAGAGAGAUGGGGAAUCUUCACAAAUUGGAGAAACUAUUUAUGUAUUCUAAUAAGUUAAGCGGUUACAUACAAGAAGAGCUCUUCAAUAUCUCAACGCUAAGACAGAUGGGACUUUCUUCUAAUAAGCUUUCAGGUAGUCUUCCAUCUGCUCCAGACUACUGGCGAACAAAUCUACAGUUUUUGAAUCUUGCUGCAAACAACAUAGGUGGAGUCAUACCCAGCUCAAUUUCCAAUUCCUCAAAUCUAAAGGAAUUAUAUCUUCACGAAAACAAAUUGAGUGGCCAAAUUCCGAACUCGUUGGGGGAUUUGAGACGACUUGAAUAUCUGAAUUUGGAUUACAAUAAUUUAACAGGUGUUAUACCGGAAGAGCUCUUCAAUAUCUCUUCUCUAACAGAGAUGUCACUUGUUUUCAAUAACCUUUCAGGUAGUCUUCCAUCUGCUCCAGGCUACCGGCCAACAAAACUAGAGCAUUUGUAUCUUGGUAGAAACAACAUUGGUGGAGUUAUACCCAGCUCAAUCUCCAAUUCCUCAAAUCUAAAGACAUUAGAUCUCGAUAAUAACAAAUUGAGUGGCAAAAUUCCUAACUCAUUGGGGGAUUUGAGACAGCUUGAAUUUCUGGGUUUGUUCAAUAAUAACUUAUUGUCUCCGCAUCUGAGUAUCUUAACUUCAUUGGUGAACUGCAGAUCUUUAACACAUAUAGUAUUAUCGGGUAAUCCGCUGAAUGGUGUUCUUCCAGAUUCCAUUGGUAAUCUCUCCACUUCUCUUGAACAGAUUUAUUUAACUCGUUGUGAAAUUAGGGGCCAGAUACCGUUAGGAAUUGAGAAUUUAAGCAACUUAAUCAUGUUGUCCCUAUACGGCAAUGAAUUGACUGGAUCAGUGCCAAGAACAUUAUGUAAUUUACACAAUCUUCAACGUUUAGGGCUUUUUGAUAAUAGGUUAAGUGGACCCUUGCCGGAGUGCCUUUGCAAAUUGCCGAAGUUGGAAGCAGUUGAUUUGUCAUCUAAUCAAAUUUCGGGUCUGAUACCGUAA